CAAGUGCUGUUUUAAAACCUGUUUUACAGAUGAGCAAAUCUGGAAGCUCAAAAAGGUUACAAAAUUGCUUAGGGUCACUCAGCUAAUAAGCCACAAACUAGGAUUCCAACCCAGCGUUGUCUGCCUCUGAGCUAAGGUUUCUGCCCACACUGAGCUCCCUGAAGGCAGGGACUGUGUCUCUUUUAUCUUUAAACCUGUAGGAGCAGAAACACAAUUGGUUUUCAAUAAAUAUUUGAGCUGAAUGGAGUCUUACAAAUUAAGAUUUUUUUUCCCUGGAGACACACUAGCUGGUUCUAGCUGGUUCUCCGGGCACCCUGCCUUUCCCUGUUGUUUAUGACAGCAGCUUUGUUGACUCUUUCUUCUUCCUUGUGCGAUCAGGGUUAUUUCUGGGCUGUUGAUCUGCAUUUCUAUUUUUGUUGCAGAGACAUGGUCUCAGGUACUGCCAGUUGGAGGUGCAGGCUGAUACCAAGAGGGGAUUGUCUACCGUUGUUGGGCCUCUGACCUGUUUAGACUUGCAUCCAGCAGAGUGCUUUGGCUUUCUAGAACUUUGCUCAGUGGCCAUUGGGAUGAUCUACAGAUUGCCCUGGAGAGAGUGGGUCCCCAGGACUUUCAUUUGGCCAGUGUUGUGUAUCUUGUCAGCUUUCUGCGGCUGAUCUUUAAGGGUGGGUGUGACUCAGGAACACCAGGGACUACAGGUCUAGCCUGUAUUUUCUUGGGCACAUUUGUCUCGUCAGUAUCAGGGGAGGCCAAGGCAGCGUUCCUGGCCUGGCCUACGGCUUUCCUCCCGUCUCCCACCACCCUAUCCCCGUCAUUUUUCCAGGUCUUGUGCACCCACUCAUGCAGCAGCCACAGGUGCUCAGGGCUUCUCUGUCUGGUUCCGUUGUAUGUCGCAUUCAUCCUCUCCUUUGCCCUGUGUUGUGUUACCGCAGGGGGCGGAGGCUGGAUCCGUGGAGAUGGAGUGAUAGGAGCCUGUGAAGUUAGGCUGCCUGCCUUUUGGGGUCAAGUGUGAUAUUCAUGGCAGAGCCAGGCCUGGCAGCCAGAUCCCUCUCCCAACCAGAUCUGAGACCUGCCUUCUCGUGUGGGUGACAUUGAGGAGAAGGGAAUAUUGCCCGAUACGGGUCCUGGAGUCAGUCUUUGGAGAGAGCCCUUGUUGGGGUCCUCAUUUGGAUGUGGUUACUCUGAUCUGUGCUUUACAAACUUGCUUUGUUACUUUUUGGUCUCCCCUAUACAUGUGACCAAACCUGAGGAUGCGAAGGGAGUAUGGCUCAGGACACAGGACAGUAUUGAGACACAGCAACUUUGGUGUCACUUCUGGGUUACUGGCUCAAUAUCACCUCCUGACAGGCUGGUCUACAACCGAAUAUCCCGCACCACUCAGUUCCCUGAUGGUGUGGAUGUGCGUGUCCCUGGCUUUGGGAAGACCUUCUCACUGGAGUUCCUGGACCCCAGCAAAAGCAGUGUGGGUUCCUAUUUCCACACCAUGGUGGAGAGCCUUGUGGGCUGGGGCUACACACGAGGUGAGGAUGUCCGGGGGGCCCCCUACGACUGGCGCCGAGCUCCAACGGCAGCCACAGGCCUGGAAGGGCAAGUAUAUCCAUGCCUUCGUGGCCCUGGGUCCGCCCUGGGGGGGCGUGGCCAAGACCCUGCGCGUCCUGGCCUCAGGAGACAACAACCGGAUCCCAGUCAUUGGGCCUCUGAAGAUCCGGGAACAGCAGCGGUCUGCCGUCUCCACCAGCUGGCUGCUGCCCUACAACUAUACCUGGUCACCCGAAAAGGUCUUCGUGCACACACGCACGGCCAACUACACGCUGCAGGACUAUCGUCGCUUCUUCCGGGACAUCGGCUUCGAAGACGGCUGGCUCAUGCGGCAGGACACGGAGGGGCUGGUUGAGGCCAUGGUGCCGCCUGGCGUGCGGUUGCACUGCCUCUAUGGCACUGGGGUCCCCACGCCAGACUCCUUCUACUAUGAGAGCUUCCCGGACCGUGACCCUAAAAUCUGCUUUGGUGACGGUGACGGCACUGUGAACUUGCAGAGUGCCCUGCAGUGCCAGGCCUGGCGCGGCCGCCAGGAGCAAGAAGUGUCGUUGCAGGCGCUGCCAGGCAGCGAGCACAUCGCGAUGCUAGCCAACGCCACUACACUGGCCUACCUGAAGCGCGUGCUGCUCGGGCCCUGAUUCCUGUGCCAGGCAGGGCUGUGAGGAAUCAGGGCUGUGGGAGGGCCCGGCCACCACUGCUUCUCCUGGCCUCUGGGGCAACCAUGGCCCGUGAGUGUAGCAGUUUGUGACUGAUCAUCUAAGGCCCUGGAUCUUGGGUUGUAAGAUGGGGAAAUGCUGUGUUUUUAUCCUUCCUCUCUGGGAGUGAGGAGGGAAGACAUAGUCUGGACUUAACUUGAGGGACCCUUGAUGGAAAGAAUGCUGCUCAUGGUGGGACUGUUGUGACCUCAGGACUGGCUCCGCAGGUGAUUGGCUGGCACCUGGUCCCAGUCCCCAGUGCUGGGGCCAUGGGUUCCUCCUUACCCCUGUGGCCUUUUCACACUCGCCCACCAGGCCCGGGCACCUCAGCCUUCCUGUGAGGGACAUUACUGAACUGUGGUCCCUAGGAUGGGCUCCUGGUCCCUAGGGUGUACCUUCUCACACACUGGCCACAAGUCAGCCUGCUACUGGCCAUGGGUGGCUGGAGCCGCUGGCUUCCCUGUGGUCUCGCUGCUCACACAGCCUGACUGUGGCUUUCUGGGGGCAGCCCAGUUCCCCCUGCAGGCAGGGGUGGGUCGUUGUGUUCCCGUGCCAUGGUUCCCAGGCCCUGGGGCAUUCACUCCUACCUCAGGUCUGGGCAACAGAUGGCCCCCCAGUUCUCAGGGCUGUGUCCCUGGAGCCCUGGUCUCCUUGGUUGGGUUGUUGCCCACAAUACUGAUGCUGGCUCCCUCUGCCCUGUGGCUGCGGUUCAGGGAUGAGAGCAGGGCCUGGUGCCAUGCCCUUUAGGAACUCAAGAAGAAAGGGAACUCGAAGCAGCCAAGGCCCAUCAGAGCCGCCCUGAGCUGCCCGCUUGCUCACCCACCACCACGUUGCCCAGGACCUCUCUCGCACCCAUGUGGGCUGGCACAGGACCAAGAGGAGGUAGGACUCUUGCCCACUCUGCCCAGUACCCAUCCCCACCAGCCAGCUCAGUGGUGUUUAGUCAGCAGGGACUAGCCCAGAAACUUGAGUGGGCCGCUGAGAGAGCCAGGUGCCUUGGGGGGUCUCCUGGGAGUUUUCUUCCUGCUCCAGAGGUACUGCAUGGAUCUCCCCCUGACAGCAGGGAUGGAGGAUGUGGAUCUGCCUUGCUGGUCUCCAAGGAGGUGACAGCUAUAGGCCAAGACUUGAGUCUAGCCUCUAUGGUGGGGCCCCAAAGCCACAGUCAGGCUGGACUGUGCUUUGCUCUUUCAAGGUUUCUGUGAAGCAGGAUUUUCUCUGUUGCAUUCGUACCCAGCAUCUCUCUCCCUUUGUUCCUGAGUAGUGGGCCCUGAAUGGGGCUCUGAGCAGGCUGUACCUCGAUUCUGGCAAUAAAAGUAUUCUGGAUGCUGAAAAGUGCCCCAGCCUAGCCUCUGCUCUGAGCAUGAGAGGGAGGCAGUGGAAGGGUGAGCAGGCUAAGAGGCAGGUAAUCAGGAGCUCCCAACCUUUCCCGAGACCUUGAUGGGGUCUCUAAGCACCAAAGGCAUGGUUCCUGUGCACCUCUUUGGGCUUCAUCCUCCUGCCACCUCUCCGGCGAUCUAGUUCCCCUCCUGGGACUGAGAACCAGGAUCUGAAACAUUCCUGUUGGAAUGAAGCUCCUGCCCAUCCCCCACUCCCCUGCUUCUAUCUGGUCAACAGGCCCCAAAUGCUACCCCAGAGCCAGGAGCCAAGGACAAUUCUGCCGGUCACCCUGUCUGGACUCCCCUUCCCAGCAUUCUGUCCUCCCUCAGCUUGCAGUUCUCAGCAUCCUUUGAAUUUUUUUUUUAAUACAAUGAAUGAUAAAGGGUCACUUUAUUUUUUACUGUGUAUUUAUUUGUUUAUUUUUGGCUGUGAGGUCUUAGUUGUGGCACCCAAGAUCUCUGUUGUGACAUACAGGAUCUUUUGUUGCAGUGCACGGGCUUCUCUCUCUAGUUGUGGUGCAUGGGCUCUGUUGUUGUGGUGUGCAGCCUCCAGAGCGCAUGGGCUCUGUACUUGUGGCACCUGGGCUUAGUUGCCCCACAGCGUGUGGGAUCUUAGUUCCCUGACCAGGGAUCAAACCCGCAUCCCCUGCAUUGGAAAGUGGAUUCUUAACCACUGGACCAUCAGGGAGGUCCUUUGAAUUUUUUUAGGAUGCCACCCUUCUACUGUGCUUCAUCAGCUCAUUUGCCCACCAUUUGUCCCUCUCGGGACAGAGUGAGACUGAGGGAGGGAGAAAGACCAAGAUGGGCAGAGAUAGGGACUGAGAGACUGGGGACCAAAUGUAGAUGGAUAAGGACAGAGAAACAGAGUCUGAGACAGGAAAACAUGCAUAGGAAUGGGGUUCAGGCCUGAAUUCUGUGGUGCAGAGCCCAGAGCUGGGGGCCAGUGGGGAUCGUGGGAACCCCAGUUCCUGUCUCCUCCACAGGAGCCUGACCAGCCUGGGUUUUAGGUGUCAGUACACCUUGGGCCACUAGAGAGCGCUCUAAAUCCUCUCGCUGCACCAGUUAUUGGUCAAACCUGGAAAAAUGGGUGGCCCAGGGGGUUAGGAUGCCUAGGGAUACAUAGAUCAAGCUACAUCGCUGGCCUUGGAAAAAGGAUGACAACAUGAAAGGGAGUAAACCCUUACGCCCAGGUCCUGCCCAGCCUGACUCUUAAUCUCUGCCCUGACACCUACCUACUCAUGGCCUUGCAGCCACCCUCUCAUCCCUGACCUAUUUCAAUCCCACUUCUACUCUCAGUUUCACAGCUGCAGAGAAAGGGUAUGGAGUCAGAGCAGACUUCAGGACCAGCAGACCAGCGUUCAAAUCUGAGUUCUACCAGCUCUAACCAAGUAGCCUGGGAAGUCUCCUGAUCUCUCUGAGCCUCGGUUUGCUCAUCUGAGGAGUGGGGAUGAAUAAAUGUACCCUGUAGGGCGGUCCUAAGGAACAUUGGUGGUUUUAGAGAACAUCUGGUUCAGUGCUUGGUUCUUGUUGGCUUUCAGCUGGCAGGAUGCUGUAAGUGGGUGUGAGACAGUGAAGCUGGAGUUUCUGGGGGCUUGCAGGUCAUGUAUGCUGCUGAUACAAGGACGAGUGGACUGGCUGCCAUUGAGUGACACAAGUGUCCAGAGCCCAUCCUCUGCCAGGCCAGGGAGGCAGGAGGAACUGAUCCAGGGGGAAAAGGGUUAGUCAGACUCUAAUGACUCCAAAUAUAUACAUGCAGACAUACCUCAGAGAUACUGCAAGUUCAGUUCCAGACCACCACAGUAAAGUGAAUAUUGCAGUAAAGUGAGUCACAUGAAUUUUUUGGUUUGUUUUCUGGUGCAUCUAAAAGUUGUUUACAUUAUACUCUAGCCUAUUAAGUGUGCAAUAGCAUUAUGUCUAAAAACAGUGUACAUACCUUAAUUAAAAAAUACUUUGCCAAAACAUG